AUGUACAUUUUGGCAGUUUUUUCUUUGUUUGUCCUAUCUGUAUCUGCUGAGAAAGACCCGAACGCUCCCAGCGAAUGCCUCUCCAAAUGUCUUACCCCUCUUGCAAAACUUCAAAGAAGUUUCUCUUACGUUUUCAACAACUUUGAAAAAGUUUGUGACCUACUUGAAGACGGCGCAUUCUGCUCGAGAAAAUGUAAUCAAGAGGACCAAACAAAGUUCUACCAGUACACAACAUUCUAUCGAAUUCAUUGCAUUGACUAUGAGGAAGACAUCCAAGAACAUUUGACAUGCAUUGCGAAGGCAUCCGAAGAUGCUGAUUUGGUCUGCAAGGAUAAAUGUAAACAGGCACAUAAAGUUGAAAAGACGGCGAGCAAGGAAACGAAGAUGAAGAAAGAAUGUUUGACUUUGGAAUGCUCGACGCUUUGUUAUUUCGAUGAACUUGCUGAAAGCUGCCCAGAAGCUAGAAAUGUUUUGUUGGUGAGAUAUCUGAGAAAUUUACAAUUACAGUCUAUUUUUUUCUAUAAAAUCAACAUCGGUCAAGUUCAUUCAAUGGCUUCUGGAGUUCACCCAAUUACAAUGGAAAAGAUGCUUCCAGAAUGCCGUAACCUCCAUAACACGGAAUAUAUGCGUGCCAAACUUCUCGCUUCAAGCAGUUCUCUUCUUAUGGAUCACACUCCGUCUGAAAUGGAAACUGAAGAAAAGCCAGUCAUCACUGCUUGA